AUGGCGACCACCAAGGGAGGGCUUUCUGAGACGACAGAGCCAACAGAGAAUAGCUCGAUCGACCACGAUGUCGACUCCACCGGCGACAAAGCUGAAAACCUUUGGAUCAGGCUCAUGACCUCUGUCGGCUGGUACCCGGCCGACAUGCCAAGCUCGGAAAAGCUCUUGGUCUUGAAGCUUGACUUGAGUAUUCUUGUCUUUGGGUGUCUUUCGUUCUUUACGAAAUAUCUGGACCAACAGUCUCUCACGAAUGCCUAUGUCAGUGGCAUGCGAGAAGAAAUCGGCCUAUUCGGCAACGAGCUCAACUACAUCACUGCCACAUUCUGGGCUUCGUAUUGCACUGCCAUGGUCCCCGCAUGUUACUUCCUCACCAGGUACCAUGCGAACAUCGUCCUUCCAGCGCUUGAGCUUGGUUGGGGACUUGCGACAUUCGGGCUUGCGUGGGCUAAGAAUGUCGAGACGAUUUACGCCUUGAGAUUCUUUGUCGGGCUUUUCGAGUGCUGCUCGUUCACGGGUACGAUCUAUAUUAUGGGUUCGUGGUAUAAGCCCAAGGAGGUGGGGAGACGCAUUGCCCUCUUUUAUAUCUCGAGUCCGGCGGGGACGAUGUUUGCUGGGUAUCUCCAGGCAGCGGCAUAUACGAAUCUCAAUGGGGUUCAUGGGCUGUCUGGGUGGAGGUGGCUGUUCAUCAUUGAUGCGGUCAUUACGAUCAGCAUCGCUUUCUUCGGCUUCAUCAUCCUCCCCGACGUCCCCUCCCGCAAAAAGCCCAUCGCCCUCUCCCUGAUCGAGCACACCCUCGCCCAAAAACGCCUGCAAGGACUAACCGCCCCUCCGCAACUCCAACUCUCAAAAAGCAUCUUCAAACGCGUCCUCGGCUGCUGGCACUUUUACGCCUUUGUCACCCUCUGGACAAUGCUCGAUCUAAACAUCCAACCCGCAGGACAAGCCUUCUCACUGUAUCUAAAAUCGUUUCCGGAGCGGUACUCCGUCGUCCAGGUCAACACACUUCCGACGGUGGUUUCGGCGAUUAAUAUCGUCAGUGCGCUCGUUGCCGGGAUCACGGCUGAUAGACUGGGGAAAUUCUGGGUCCCCGCUCUGAUCACGACCGUCCCGGUUCUUAUCGGGAUGAUUUUACUCAAUGUUUGGCAUGUGGGAUUCAGUGGGCGGCUUGCUGCGUUUAUGCUUAUAGGGUUCAUGGCUCCAAUAUCACCCAUGGCCAUGGGCUGGGCAACGGUAAUAAUGUCCAACGACGCCGAAGAGCGCGCCGUCGUCACGGCGAGCAUGAACGCCAUCGGGCAAGGGAUUGCAGCAGGUGCCCAAGUCGCGCAGUUUCCGGCGACGGGCGCGCCACGGUGGGUUAUGGGGUUCAAAGCCUGUCUGGGCACGACGGUUGCGCAGUUUGGUGUUAUUUUGGCGAUUUUGUAUCUUAGUAGGAGGGAUGAGCGGAGGGAGGGAAUGAAAGGGGUGGGAGAUGUUGAGGCGGACGGGUGUCUCAAGUACAGUCUCAAGUACAGUCUCAAGUACAGUCUCAAGUACAGUCUCAAGUACAGUCUCAAGUACAGUCUCAAGUACAGUCUCAAGUACAGUCUCAAGUGCAGUCUCAAGUACAGUCUCAAGUACAGUAUCAACGAAUGCAGCUAA